AUGCAAAUCGCGGCCCUCGCCGUCAUCGCCGCGGCGGCGCUCGUCCUCGGGUACAUCAUCAACAGCAUCAACGAGCACAUCCGGCAUGCGAAAAAGGCCAAGGAGCUCGGCUGCGAGCCGCCCCUCAAGACGACGGGCCCGGAGCCCAGCGGCAUCGUCUCCAUGAUGCGCGGCGCAAACGCCUCGCGCCAGAAGCGCCUCCCCGUCUGGGUCCAGGAGCAGCUCGACGCCGUGGCCGAGAAGCACGGCCGCUACGUCGGGACCGUCAUCCUCAGGACGCCCUUCUUCCGCGACACCCUCUUCACCCUCGACCCGCAGAACAUCCAGACCGUCCUGGCGCUCAAGUUCAAGGACUUUGGCCUGGGCCCGAACCGCACGGAGAACUUUAAGCCGCUGCUGGGCAACGGCAUCUUCGCUGCCAACGGCAAGCAGUGGGAGCACUCGCGCGCCCUUCUCCGGCCGCAGUUCGUCCGCAGCCAGGUCAGCGACCUCGACCUCGAGGAGGACCACGUCAAGGCCAUGAUGACGGUGCUGGACCGCCACCUCGGCAAGGACGGCUGGACCGACACGGUGGACCUGUCCAAGCUCUUCUUCCGCCUGACGCUCGACUCGGCCACCGAGUUCCUCUUCGGCGAGAGCGUCAACAGCCAGCUCGGUGAGGACAGCGGCGCCGGCAAGGGGAACAAGCGGGGCGACGACUUCGCCCAGGCCUUUGACCGCUCGCAGUACACGCUCUCCCUUGGCGCGCGCAUGGGCAACAGCUACUGGAUGGUGCACACGCCCGAGUUCCACCGCAUGGUGAAGAAGGUCCACGAGUUCGUCGACUACUUUGUCGGCGUCGCGAUGAAGCAGACGCGCGACGAGAAGGCCGGCGGCGGCGAGAAGGAAAAGUACGUCUUCCUGCACGCGCUGGCCCAGGACACGCAGGACCCGGCCGAGCUGCGCUCGCAGCUGCUCAACAUCCUGCUCGCGGGGCGCGACACGACGGCCUCGACGCUGGGCUGGUUCUUCUACACGUUGGCGGACCCCCAGUACAACCACUACUACACGAAGCUGCGCACCGUCAUCCUCGAGGAGUUUGGCACGUACGACAAGCCCCGCGACAUUACGUUUGAGCGCAUGAAGAGCUGCCAGUACCUGCAGUGGUGCAUCAACGAAAUCCUGCGGCUCUACCCCAUCGUCACGAUGAACGUGCGCACCGCGCAGGUCGACACGACGCUGCCCGUGGGCGGUGGCGCCGACGGGCGGUCUCCCGUGUACGUCCGCAAGGGGCAGGAUGUGGCAUACUCGGUACACAUCAUGCAGCGCCGCAAGGACCUCUGGGGCCCCGACGCCGAGACCUUCAAGCCGGAGCGGUGGGAGCAUCGCCGGCCGGGCUGGGACUACCUGCCGUUCAACGGCGGCCCGCGCAUCUGCAUCGGCCAGCAGUUUGCGCUGACGGAGAUCGCCUACGUCGUGAUCCGUCUGAUCCAGCGCAUCGACACCAUCGACGGCUCCAACAUCGGGCCCGUCAAGCACGGCCUGACGCUGACCAACUGUCCCGGCGACGGCGUCAACGUGAGGCUGCAUUUCGCAGAGUAG